UUUCACUGCAUCAUGUUGGAAACACAAUAGGAAAACACUAAAAAGCACACAACUUCCGGUUUCGAAAGUUUAAAAUAUGGCGGCCAGAGGAGUGGAAUUUUUAUACAAGAAAACGUCGAAAAUUACAGACUAUCUACGUUUGCGAAUAAUAGCAAAGGCGUACGCGAGGAAGUUUCAUUACUCGAGACAAGCUUCGAAUGGCUUUUUAGGCGAUAAAGAGAAUGAAUUGAGUGCAAAUUCUGAUAAUUUUUAUAAGGAAAAUUCUAGUUGUUUAACUUUAAGCGAAGAGGAAUUGUCAGAGCAUCCUAUACGUCGUUUUGCAGGCAACAUCCGUGUUAUAAAAGAACCCAGGAAUGAGCAAGAUUUGGAAACUUUAGAUGUUUUAAAUAAGUUGAAGCGUGAGCCAGUUCUAGGCCUGGAUGCUGAAAUGACAGAAAGCAAAAAAGGGUAUUAUAAACGUAGUAAAAAAACAAGAGUUGUUCAGAUCGCUUCGGAAACUGAUGCCGUUGUAUGGCAACUUAAGAACUUUACAACUUUGCCUCCAUCACUUGUGUUUUUUUUGAAAUCUGAUAUCUUAAAGGUGGGCCAUGCUAUAAGUGAUGAUGUCGUCCUACUAAAAAAGGAGUUCGAUGUCACAUCAAAGCGUCUCCUUGAUACCUUGCCAUGGGCAAUGCAGCUGAACUGCAAACCUUUAGGUCUCCAUGCCGUAUGUGCGAUAUUUUUGGGGUGGAGGAUCUCUAAAGGCCUACGGACUUCUGAUUGGAAUAGAAGCGAGCUUUCAGAGAAUCAAAUAUACUAUGCCUGCACUGACGCAUGGGCUAGCCUCUUGGUGUAUAAAGAAAUGAAAAGGGUUGCCGUGAUAAAUGGAUGGAGCUUACCUCAGCUAAUAGAGUCAGUGACAGAUAUCCUAGACACCAGACUUGACUCCAGAAAAAAGAGACGCCAACGCCUAGUUCAAAAUAGCAAAGCUAGAAAAAACUUCGAAAUUAUGGCUAGAACAGCGCAAAAGAUUGUAGAAUAGCUUUUUUA